AUGCUUCCAGCACGAACCCAAUUGCCAAAUGUGAUUAUGGAAGAUUCCGAAGAAACAGACGAGGAUGAAGUGCCACCAAUGAUGGCUCCAAGAUCUCGGGCAAUAAGGCGACUAUCCGAAUCGUUUCCGACGAGGCAUGCACCGCCACUAGCUGAAGCCUCAACCAGUUUAGAAACGGGAUAUGAAAGUAGUAGUCGUUCUAGAGCAGAGCAAACGACAUUGAGAAGUUUAACGAGGCGACUGGAGUCGUUGGAUGAAGAGAACAGCGUUACCUCGUCUCGCUCACGAACCGCUUCAAGUACGGCCCAUGACUUUGCAUGCCCACGGUUGUCGGACUCGAUCGUCAAUAAUAUGAUCAGGCUUUCACUGCUUAGCGAAGGUCGAUCAAGAUUUGGCCGGGUAUCGAAGUUUGUCAACAAAACUACAAUGGCUAACUAUGCUGUAGUGGAGUGGGAUGUAAAAUCGAUGGAUGAGAAGGUUCGUAUGAAACAUUCAAUCUACCGAUCUAUUCGAAAGUACUGUCCAUUGUCGUGUAUGGGCGUGGAUACCGCUAAUCAUGGGCGGGGAUACCUGAGUAUACAGGAUAUAGUCAGACAGCUGGAAUUCUAUUCCACACUCCGGCACCGCAGAAUUGGAAGUGUCUAUGGCUAUCAUAUCGGUAAUGGAAUGCUGUCGAUCUUUCGAACAUUUCUACCAACUGGUGCCGUUGCAGAUCAACUUAAAAUCGGCCCUCUUAUGGAAUGUAUUGCACAAAGAUAUUUCCGGCAGCUGCUAGAAGCCCUGGAAUUUCUUCACGAUCGACAUGUUACCCAUGGAGACAUUAAAAAUGCACCAAAGAACGAUAAUCACAAACGGCGAACUCUGCUACAUUGUGCACCGGAAAUGUUCAAAACGAUGGACUCAUGGGAAAUGUUCACACCGGCCACUGACAUAUGGGCAGCUGGCUGUGUUCUAGUGGCUAUGGUCACACGAUAUGCACCAUUCCAGGACCUAUUCCUUUCGCUGUCCACACAGGAAUUACACGAGAAACUUUUCGAAGCGAACCAACCAGGUUCUCGUUGUGCACUGAACUACGAGAGUCGAACUCUGGUUCCAACAUCGAGCAAGGAACUGGCCGACAUAGUUGAUGUUACAUUCGAGAGAGAUCCACAAAAAAGACUCAAAGCUGGAGAGUUAUUGGAGCGGUUCUUUCCAACCAGCAGAACUCGUGGAACGUCCCGUCUCUCACAGUCGACACGAGAAUCCGUCAAACGUGACCCAUCAGAGCGGAGUUCUAUGAGACUCUAUAAUGAUGAGCCAACCCCCAUGGACACCGUCGACGCUCACAAAUCAUUGCUGCAGCGAUUGUACGAAUCUGCAGAACGACGCGAAGACGAAGGUGAAGAGGGACCUUUGAAGUUUUGUAUGAAAUGGUACGGUUCUCGUGUUGUCAUCUUCGUACUGCUACUUCUUAAAUGGAUAGGCAUGGUUCUGUUGGCAGCCAUGUCCCUGGGAUUUGUUGCCGGAUCGGUUUUCUUGGCCAUUUACGUCAUCUACAGUGGCAUCGGUGUUGUCUGCCAGUGUCAGCUGAACGAAGGAUUUGUUGUACUCAUUGCGCUCAUACUUCUGCCGAUCAUCAUACUCUUAACAACUUUAUGUGUGAAUAAUUCAUGUGAGAAGUACAAACAAGCAAAAGAAGACGGCAGUUUGGAAAAAUGCAGGUAUGUAUAUCCUCAGCCAGAAGACGACAUCAUUCUUUGUGGUAUCAUCGUCGUUGACGGGAAGAAAGAAGAGCGGAAAGUCAGCGUUAAGCGAAAGCUUGCUGGAGACGAAAGUGAUCCGACUGCUGCAGUCAAUCUUCCAAAAGGCGCAUUUGUUCGUGGAGUAGCUGGGAUCGCGUGA